AUGGAUUCGGGAGACGUGGUCGAGUCGCGCUUCGUGACGGCCCUUCGGACGCAGAGCAAGGCAGAAUCGCAUGGCGGAACGCUGCCUUGCCCAUUCUCAGAUCAUCACGAUCGGAUCUUCCAGAAUGUAUAUCAGCUCUUCGAUCACGUGAAGGCCGACCAUAGUUCGGAAAUACAGGGUCUCGAGCCGCGCCUUGCUCGUUCUCGUCUAAAGGAAGCGGCCUUGAAACUCAGGAGAUCAGAGCCAAUGUCAGAAGCGACCGCUGGGGAUCGUUCUACACCAGACAUUGCUGGCCUUAGCCUGGAUGCCAAGAUUGAACGCCAACCAUCCCCUCCCUUAAGAAAUAAGCGUCCGGCCGAAUCCGAGCCUCAGAUGGAUGCUGAAUUCUCAAGAAAGAUGCCGUAUACCAUUCCAUCGGAUCGAAGUAAGCCAAAGUCACAAGAUCACCGCCUUUACAACCCUAAGCAUGAGGCAAACGGCGGCUCGCCUUUAUAUCAAUCCUCGCCGGAACCAUCAACGGAUAGGCCGACGGAUACUACCAAGACCAUCGUGCCUCUACCGAAAUCACCCGCGCGUCAGUCUCCUCACCGUGUCGCGUCCAAGCAGCAGCAUUCUCAGCGGCAGCCAGGCCUAAUAGAACUUCAAAGAUACGAUCCGCGCUAUCCUGGACUGCUCUUACAGCCAGAUAGCCGGCCUAUCUCUCAGGAGCAACUUGCAUCUGAAGUAAAGUCUAUAUAUGCCGGACUAACAAUGGUUGAAAACAAGUGUAUACAUGUUGAUCGAGCUCAAGCCGCAGCCGCACAAGAUAAUUCCGAUUCUAAACUAGCCUCUGAUCAUUGGCAAGCGCUCAUUGCUUUGCACCGAACGCUACUGCAUGAGCAUCAUGACUUCUUUCUAGCCUCUCAACACCCUUCGGCUUCUCCCGUUCUUAGGCGACUUGCAGCUAAGUACUCUAUGCCUGCGCGCAUGUGGAAACACGGCAUUCACUCAUUUCUGGAACUUCUCCGCCGCCGGCUCCCAGACAGCAUUGAUUACAUGUUGGCAUUCAUCUACCUCGCCUACCAAAUGAUGGCCUUGCUUUAUGAGACCGUUCCCGCAUUCGAGGAUACCUGGAUCGAAUGUCUCGGCGAUUUGGGCCGUUAUAGGAUGGCGAUUGAGGAUGAAGAUAUUCGCGACCGCGAAACCUGGGCCGGCGUCGCCCGCUCUUGGUACACAAAGGCCGCAGAUAAGAACCCCACGGUUGGCCGGCUGUACCACCACUUGGCCAUCCUUGCUCGGCCCAACGCGCUCCAGCAGCUUUACUACUACGCCCGCUCUCUCACCUGCGUGAAGCCCUUUGCCAGCGCCCGAGACUCCAUUCUCACCCUACUAGAUCCCAUUCUCGGACGCACAGCGGCUACUUACUCGCACGCGCUGCCCAUCGAUACCAACUUUAUCAAGGCGCAUGCUCUGCUCUUUGAGCGCCUGCCUGGGGAAGAUUUUCUGGUCUCCAAAAAGGACUUUUUGGAUGGGUUGGACAGUCAUAUUGGUCGUGUUACUGCCAAGUGGAAGGAACAGGGCGUUUAUAUAGCUGUAACGAAUUUGGCCAGUGGGUUUGAGCACGGAGAAGAGGGAAAUCUUCUGCGCGAGGUGUUCUUGACUGAGCUCCAAGAGAAAGCGAAGACUUCACCACCGAACCUGGAGGAAACCCUCCGUACUGCCUCUCCAGCCGAUCAGCAAGAACCCAGCCCACCGUCAAUCCCAGAAGAAGAACUCGCGGAAAAGAUCGAGGAGUUUGUUGACAAACCCAUUUUCAAGGCAGCCAACUCCCUCACCAACGAAACCUUCGCCUUGAUCCUCCGCCGUAUUGGUGACAAGAAUGUGCUUCCUCACGUCCACAUCAUGCUCUCUUACCUAACCACUUUUGCUGCAAACAAAUACGUUGCGUAUCUCUUGAAUGAAAUCCCUUGGGCUGAACUAGUUGCCUUCCUCAACACGUUGGUCAAGACUGAAACCCAAUUGCAAAGCCAAGGCCCGACGCAGGUGCAGAACAUGGACAUGUUGCUCUCCGCGGAUGUCUUCCCUGGCACGCAUGAACGGGUCGACGAGCUCCCGCUACCGGAAGACUAUCUCGUUCGCGGAUUAAUUUGGGCCCACGACUACUAUCCGCGAAAGUGGUUUGAGAGAGAGCAUGAUGAGGAGGAGAGAUAUCUGGAGCUGGCGAGUACCGUCAAAUGCCGCAUCGAAAGGGUACUCAGAUUAGGCUUCCAACUCGCAAAGCAUAAUCGCUGGAUCACAUACGCGCAAGGAUCCCAUACGUUCUCCGUCAUUCCCUGA